GCCAUUACGCAGUUGAUGAAGGUGCGUAACGACGCUAGACUUUAACAAAGGUGGUUUAUGUGACAAAGGAGUUGAAUUUCUGUAUAUUACUUGGUGAUUAUAAACACAGGAUAUUAUAUAUUCAUGACAGUUUAGCAGAAUUAAUUUUGAAUCGAUUUGUGCCUUUUAAAUUAUAUCACGAAAUGAGCUCAGAUGUCCGAACAGCUUCCGCUGGCGGAAAGAAAAAACAAGGAGGGUUCUUAUCUCGGCAGGCAAAAGCCAAACAACUAGACCCGAAAGAAGUUGUUUAUGAGGCUGAUUUAUUACGAAAGGACCAUGUCUCACCAGAUGAUGUUCUCAGACUUAACAAGGUGACAGAAAAAUAUCUAUGUCCAACAGAAGCUAAUGUAUAUGGUAUAGAUUUUACACGGUUUAAAUUACGAGAUUUAGACACAGGAACAGUGUUGUUUGAAGUCGCUAAACCACCACCCUCAGAAGAGGGUGAAGAUGGUGAUGUAGAUCAGUGUAUAGAUGAUGGAGAUCCUAAUGCUGGAAGAUUUGUACGAUAUCAAUUCACAUCACACUUUCUUAGAUUAAAAACAGUUGGUGCAACAGUGGAGUUUAUAGUGGGUGAUAAGCCAGUGACAAAGUUCAGAAUGGUUGAAAAACAUUAUUUCCGAGACAGAAUGCUCAAAUGUUUUGAUUUUGAGUUUGGUUUCUGUAUUCCACACAGUCGUAAUACAGUGGAACAUAUUUAUGAAUUUCCUACACUAUCACCAGAAGAAAUUAAAGAUAUGAUUGAACAUCCAUACGAGACUCGAUCUGACAGUUUUUAUUUUGUAGAAGAUAAACUUAUUAUGCAUAAUAAAGCUGAUUAUGCUUAUAAUGGUGGAACAAUCUAGCUUUUUACCAGCAUAUCAUUCUAUAUCAAUUACUUAUAAGCUUAACUAAUGACAGGUGGUAAAUCUAUCUCUGUCAUUUCAUUUUAUUACAUUCAACAUAUCAUUUAUAUACUGGCCAUAGUUUCCCAUAAAACUCAAUUUCACUGCAGUUUCAAAGUCCAAUUUAGAUUUGGUAAAGCUUUACUCUAAAUAUACCUUCGGUAAUAAAGAUUUACAGGUCAAAAGGUCAGGAAUCAUUUUUGGUAUACCUCACACAGAAUUGAGAAUCAAAAACAAGAAACUUUUGCAUAUCUAAUUAUAGAAAAUGUACCAGUAAUAAAUGUUAUUAAAAAUUAACAUGGGUAAAUUUAAUUAAAAGAUAUUCUUACUUCAUUUAUUUAUUUAAUUUAUUGUAUAAAUAAUUAUGUUUGUCAUCUAUUAAGAAAUUAUUCAAUGAAAUCCAUAAAUUUUGUUUUUAUGCUUAUAUUUUUUUCAUAAUGUAUACAAUAUAUUGUUAAAUGAUUAUAUGCAGUAACUGAUCUCACAAUAACAUAAUAAAGCCCACUCCAGAAAGUUUAACGUUACAGUAUAAGCAGCAUGUCCCUUAACAUAAGGGGGGUUGGGAGGCCAAAUGAUUAGCGCGUACGUACGUGUUGAAUCAUAAGGUCGGUCAUUGAGUGAACUGGCGUGAUUUCGAUUCCCCGGUUGUACUUGACAAGGAGUAGGGUCGCCUGUCAAACCUCAAGGGUUUUCUCUGGGUCCUCUGGUUUCCUCCCACUGCUAAAUACCCCUACACACAAGCGAUUUAUUGAAUAAAUUGAACCAUAUGUUAGUCGCGAAAUGACCUAAUUUGUGUCAAGUGGACAUUAAAUCCCAUUUCUCUCUAUCUCUCUCCCCAUAACAUAAAGCAAACCUUUAUCUGGACUAGCAAAUACAACUGCAUGUCUGUGUCUGUUGGUAGAAUUUUUUGCUCCAUAAACUAAGUCCCAAUUGUCCCAGGAAUGUAAAAUAUAUAUAUAUUUCUGCUUUAAAUACCUUCUGCAUGAAAUAAACAUGGAGGGGAGUUUUUUAUGGUUUGCUUAGAGAAGGGUGUAAAUUUCUGUAACAUUAAUCUUCAUUAUUUAUCGUAUAUAUUUUAUCAGUUCUGUGACAAUUUUCUAAUACCUGCGGUUCUUAACAUAUGUAACCUGAUGAAUCCAUACUUUACUAUAGUUAGACUUGAGUGUUUUGUUUUGUUUUAUUCUUCCUUACUUCAACAUAAGAAUCAAAAUUUAAACAUUAUCAAGAUGUGCUGGAGUUAAUGAGAUUUAAAGAGUGUUAAUUCUGAUAAUCAUUCACAAACAAUUUUACAACCCAUACAAUUAAAUCUAAAUGGUUAUUUGAUUAUUUAUGUGGAAUUCAGUAAAGCUAGUAUUAAUUCUACAUGUAAAUGUACAUUGAUUCAGACUAUCAGGUGCCAGCAUUUAGACAUCAUUUGACCAAAAUAAAAAGUAUCCAUGAUUUUAUGGGAAUAAGAAUUAUCUGCAAAGAAUCCAGGAUUUCACCUUGGGAUGGGGGGAAUUAUUUCCCAGACACUAACCAGGAUUUAAGUAGAUUAAGAAUUAUUCAGAAGCUUUCCAGGAUUUGAAAGAGUUAUUCAGAAACUGUCCAGGAUUUGAAUAGAUUAAGAAUUGUCCAAAAACUAUCCAGGAUUAGAUUGGAUUAAGAAUUAUCCACAAGCAAUUCAGAAUUUGAUGAGAAUAAGACAUAUACAAUGUAAAUAAAUUGCUAAUGCAUGUGCUAAAUGAUGGGAUGUCAAAGGCUAAUAUUGGUACAUGAUAGACACAGUUGUCAAGAAUGUUUUGUAAUGUUGUAAUUACACAAUUGUAAAUAGUUAAAAACAAUGUUGUUGUAAAUUGUGCAAUGAUAGAAUGGUUAUUAUGUUUGUAGCUAUUCAAAUGCUUUGUGUAUAUUUUAACAUGUCCCAUCUAUUUGUAUUCGCUUCAAUCCCAAAAUCGAAUUAAAAAAUAUUAGUAAAUAGACCAAUUCAAAUACCCCUAUUAUUGUUAACUCUUAAAUUACAUACUUACAUUUAUUUUCUUAAUUAUAAAAUGUAUUCUAGAAUCGCCAGAACUUAUUCCAAUAACAGAGUAUAACAUUCUGAUUACAGACAUAUCAUUUUAUCAAAUUAAAAUAUUCUUCAUUCUCGGUGCAUUUUUCAUAAAUACCUACAUGCUAAAAGUAUACUACAGUAAAUAUAGUUAUUACCUGACUGUUCUCCUAAUCGACCAACAGUUCUUAUCAGUAGCUGGUUUGUAUUAUUUGUACAGUACAAUAAGUGGAUCGUAUAGAAACCUUCAUGCCUUAAACAUGCUUCUGCUUUGUACAACUGCUCAAAUAUUUUAGUAAGUUAAUCUUUGAUUAAAGUUUAAAUUAUUGACUCCUCAACUAUGAAGAGUAGAUUUGAAUAUGUUCAAAAGGCACUUAUAUAAACUUUGUUUUCUUCACUAAAGUUCUUCUUUCUUUUGCACAGAAAUCUAUUAGAAAGAGCUCUGUAAAUAUAAUUGUGCUUACCACACAAUCCAUUCCCAAGAUGUUAUAUAAUGCUUUUAAACAAUGUACGGUUAAGCACUUUGAAACUAGACGGCUCAAUAUAAUUUAAUAUUUAAAAAUAUAUCAAGUUUGCUCACACUAUUUUCAUAACGCAAAUAUAGAUGUUUAGAUUUUGUAGUUUGGUCAUUGAAAUCACUAAUUAAUAUCCAUUUCAUAUUAGGUGUAAAUUUGAUAGUUUUACUUAAAAGCAAAGUUAGUUUAUAUGUCUGCAUUUCCAUCAGUGUUUCAAAUGUGGGUUGGGUUUUUUUGUUUUUUUUUAAGGAACAAUAAUGACUUUUUGAAAAUAGAUAUAAAUGGCAUCUAAGAGUUCAACUACUGAAUAAGAUCAGUUUGGUAUAACCUGGUUUUAUUAACCAGCAAUACAUAUAAAAGUUUAGAUAUUGAGAUUUUUGCUUAGUCAAAAUGUCUCAAAAAAAAUAUUCAACUCAUUUGUCAUUUUAAUAUCAAUAACAGGCACCAUGCAGACACGGGACCAAUUUCCAAAUAUAUAAUUAUAGACAGUAGAAAAAGGUUAUUAAAUAUUUCAUUUCUUCUUAAUGAAUGUUUCACUUCAGAAUGUACAGACAAAAUAAUUUAUUUCCUUGAAAAGUACAUAUUAUAUUAUAUGCUGUCACCCUCUAUUAUAUACUUGCAACUUGGUGCUUGAGUUCAACACCCCCACUACAAAAUAUAAAUUUCUUAAAAUGUCUCCGUUAUCAUAUCAUUUUAAUCAAAUAUCAAAUAUACAUUCGCAUUCAUUAUAGAGCUUGGUUGUAAUCACACAUUGCUAUUUAUAGAUAAAUAUUCCGGUUAUAAUUAUUUCCUUUCCAAACAACCAUUCCUCUGAAAACAAAUCUACCUUGUUAAUUAUUAUCCCCAUAUAUUUUGAUUGGAUUUAAAGCUAGUAAGGACAUCAGUAUUAAAUCAUAAUACUAAAUUAUUAGAAUUAGUCAAAACUAUAAUUUACUAAAUUCAAGGGAAGUUUAUUAUUAGAAUUAUUCAAAACUAUAAUUUUGCCUUAAGAGACCUUAACUUUAGAUGAUGUAUGAUCCUUUGUUUCUUUUAAAUAACACAAGUAUUAUAGGAUGUAAAAAAGAAAAUAUCUGUCCUCUGGCUUUAAAUAAGGUUUAUUGCAAUAAAUAUACAUGUAUGGAUUGUAUUUGAUUUAUGACAAUAUGAAACUGACAUAUUGACAUAAUAUAAUAAUAUUGAUCUCAGGCUCUAUGUUGUAUUUUUUAUCAUUAAUUAACAUAUUCUAAUUAAUCCAAGGUGAUAAGCACUGAUUGUUUUGAUAUCAGUUAUUUGUGUAUCCAUAGUAACAUUCCAUCUCUAAUAAUAUUUACAGUUAUAUAAAUGGCGAACUGUAUUCACAAAUUUGUUAUUUGUUUUCUUAGAAUAUUAUUUACAAUAUCUUUAAUAAAUUUUCCUAAAUAUAUUUUAACAGAAUUUUAGCAAUUCAACACCCUCAGCUUGAUAGGUUUCCAUUAUACCAUGCUAGACAAUUUGAUGUGUUUUUUCUCUCCAUUUGGAUCUGUAUUAAAAUGGGUUCAUCCGUCUGUCUGUCUGUCACACUUUUUUGGACACAAUAAUUCUUCUCCUAAUUGAGCUAGAAUGUUCAAACUUGGAGUUCGAAGUUGAGAAUUUUCUGCUUAGGGUAAGCUGAGAUAAGCAAUUUGAUUGGUUGAUGAUUUGGUACACGAUAACUUUAGUUCUAAUUAAGUGAGAGUGAGGACACCUGGUGUAUAGCUUUAUUACAUCAAUACCUUGAAUAAGUUCGAUAAUGAGCAUUUUCUGCUCUGGGUAAGUUGAGCGAUAAGCAAUUUGAUUUGCCGAGACUUCGGAACACAAUAACUCGCCUUCUAAUUGAGGUAGAAUGUUCAAACUUGGUGUAGGCGUUCAUUAAGUGAAUGCCUUGAUGGAUUUUGAUGAUAAACCUUGUCUGCUUACGGUUAGCAGAGAUAAGCAAUCUGAUUGGUUGAUGCUUUGGGACACUAAAACUUUGGUUUUAAUUAAGUGAGAGUGAUGAAGCUCCGAGUAUAGAUUCAUUAUAUCAUUUCCUUGACUAAGUUUAAUGAUGAGAAUUUUCUGCUUAGGCUAAGGAGCAAUACGCAAUUUGAUUGGUCAAGACUUUUGAACAUGGCAACUCUGCUUUUAAUUGAGGUAGAAUGUUUAAACUUGAUGUAGAUGUUCAUUAGGUGAAUGUCUUGACCGAGUUCAAUGAUUAACAUUUCGAACUAAACCUAAGCAGAGCUAAGCAAUUUCAUUGGUUGAUGCUUUGGGACAAGAUAACUUUAAUUCUAUCUGAUAGAGAGUGAUGAAACUUACUGUAUAGUUGAUAAUCAGUUUGAUUGCUUGAUACUUUUGAAGAAAAAAAAUGUGUGAUUAGUUAAUGUGUCAUCUAUUUAUUUUGGGAUUUCGGCGGGGGACAUCAGCCUCACUGUUGGCUUGUUCAUUCAGGUUUUUAUCAAACUCAUAGUGGGUUAGAUAAAUAUUUGUCAUCUAUAAGGAUAUUAUUGUUAAUCAAAUUCUAUAUGUAAAGCACAUUAUUUUAUUUCUCACUGUUGAUCAAUAUCUUAUAUUUGUGUUCAUGGCUUGACAUAUUUCAUGUGAUGAUUUACCUUGUAGCACGAAAAAUAUCUAAAAUCAAUUCUAAAUAUAACUCAACCUGUACUGCUUACAGUCCAGAAAAUUUUUUAGAUAGAGUUUUAACAUCUUCACAAAACCAGGAUUGUUCAAUGCUUGCAGUUCUGGUAUAAAUCAAAUAUAUUUAAGACUAAACAGCUCUUUAUUCAGUGUUCUUAAUUCAUCUUGACUACUAGCGUCCUCUGUCGUCAUAAUAUUCAGGUUAGAUGAAUUUAGAGAAAUGUUUUUUGACAAUGGUUUGGGAAUUUAUUGUUUGAGAUUUGUUUUAUGUGUGAAAUGUAUGUUAUCGUUAUAUUUAAAUACAUUCAAAUUAAACAAAGAUACAAUUUACAAAUCUGAUAUGACAAAUGUCUGAUUUGUAAAACAUAUUGAUUUUAAGAAUUUGAUUAAGAAAUACGAAUUAAGAACAUUGAAUAAAGAGCUGUUUCGGUUUGCAUAAAAAUAUGCAUCUGGAUGUAUUAAAUGAUGUACUCCUAUUAGUCUACCAUUCUUAAAAUACAGGCUAAACAGGCCUUAUUAAAACAACCAAACAUCCUACUAGUAUCACUAAUAUACAUCAACAUGAUGGCCUCCACAUGUUUUUCUUUUCUUUUCUUUUUUUUUUGCCAGAGCCCAGAAGGCAUAAAAUUGUAACCUGUAACAUGUGAUAAUUAUUAAAUUUAACUUGAUCUCCCAUUACCAUUAGUAUUUUCACUGUUAAUUUUCAGCAUGUUUUAGUAGUUGGAAACAUAGGGUCUUGUUUUUGCCUUAAACAAUUUCAAUAAAACCAAACUACUUCAACAGAAACUGUAGAUUAAUUGAAAAAAAAAAUGUGUUUAACUUGUAUUUUAGCAUAAUGUUUUUAGACAUAUAAUGGAAGCUGAGUUGAAAUAAGGCUCCUUGUCGUAAAUAUGUAAUAUGUUGUCCACAAUAUGAAAGUUGAAGCGAGUCAUUAAAUGUCCGUCCAUUCAGUUAAUGCUAUUAUUAAUUAAUAUAAUAUAAUUGACUUAUUACAUCAUUUAUUUUCUUUGUGUUUUGUGAUGUAUAGCAGUGCUUUUCAAGAAAUAAAUGUUGUAAAUAUA